AUGGGUCUCCUUGGCAAGGAACGCCCCGGCUCCUUCAAGGCCACAGACGCCUCUGGGCGGCGUUUUCUCUGGAGGAUCGAUAAAUUCUCGCAGUACGCGCUUGACGUGACUCUCGACAGCGAGAACGUCACUUGCUUCACCAAAGUAAAAUUUCACCUGCACUUGACAAUGCGCCCCUGCGGUGCCGUCGGCGUCUACAUCCAUUACAAGAAGCCGCCGAUCCCGAAGUACUCGUACUACUUAACGAACUCGAAGUGUGAGGGGACGCGCCAGCACACGGCCCACAGCCUCCCCGAUGGUGUGGAGCGCUGCGGUCACUGGAACGUGUGCAGCCACAGCGACUUGAAGGGGUUCCUCGGGGAGGAUGACACGCUGUUUGUGCAUUUUUGCUUCGACGAGGACACCCUCAUUGUGAAACAGCUCGGGCAGAGUAAUAUCUCGGUCAGGUGGUCGAUUCCAAAGUUGGAGGCGAAGAACCUGUCUCCCUACUCCUCACGCGGCUUUUUUGUGGGCGACACAUUGGUCGUGGCCCGCCUCGACGCCAAGCACAAAGAUGAUUACACGGGACUCAAGUACAGCCACGACGACGUGGCCACAUACAUCAUCUUUGUCUUCUGCCGCAAAGGCAAUCUCCCGCCACACAGCAUCGAGCUCGUGGACUCCUCCGGCAACGCCUACUAUCAGCUGGAGAAGAAGGAUGAGGAGUCGACGCUGACGGCACUGGUGGACCGGGACGUGGUUGAGGAGAACAUCGGGAGUGGCGGUGUCCUCCUCGUUAGGAUCACCUUCUUAACUGCCACAAACCCCUUGGAUUUGCUGAACACGGUUAGCGAUCUCGGCAGCGCAGAGGGUGGGCGGAAGGGCAGCGCCAUCGAGGAUCGCACCGUUGACUUCGACGCUAAAACGGAUCUGUGCUCCGUCACGGAGGACUAG